UAAAAGAGAAAUAUGUUGUAUGCAUAACACCUAAUUAUUCCCUAGCAUAUCAUAUAAAAAAUCAUGCAGUAUAAAUACAAAAGAAUUGUUGUCAAGAAGAAGAGACCGAAAAAUAACCUCAUCAAUCCUUGAAAAUAUUGAUGAGAUGUACUUAAAUUUAACAGGUAAAUUGAAAAACAGACUGACGGCAAACUUAUAUAAAACGAAAGGUACAGAGGAAACUUAAUUUACAUUUCUAUCGCCACAAACGAGGGUAAAAGAACAGAAGAAACAUGUGUUUUUUUUUUUCUUUCUAAAAGGUAAUCAAAUUGGGCCUUAGGUCCUAGUUUCUACAUUGUUCUAUGAAACUCAAUAACCGAUACAGAUUCAAGAACAACCCAGAAAACGGUCGUCUUUCUCUCUCUCGGCAUCAACGACAGUGCCCUGAAACUUGGGCAACUACAAGGCCCUAACUAUAAAUAUCAUAAGUUCCUUACGUCCAAAGUAACAUUGCCUUUUUCUCUUUGCAUUAAGUCGCUCUACCUAGAUACUCUGAAAAAUGGUUCCUCCGACAGCUAUUGUUACUGACCCAAGCUACCCCGUUCUUCGGUAAUCUCUUUUUCAUUUUCAUUCAAAUUUAAUUUACUGGGUCUUUUUUUAAUCAAUGGGCUGUGAUUCUGUAAAACUUCUGAGUUUUAAGUUGAUAAAAUAUUUUGGUGAUUUUUAGACAAGUUGAUGUAUAUGUUUGGUUUGGGUUUAGCCUUUUUAAGGUUUUCGUCCAUCUUGAGUUACGCCUUUUGUUUCUUUUUGGCUCUUUCUAUCUCUUCAUUUUUGUGAUUUAGGUAUUUGAAUGAAUAUAUUUCAUAGUUAAAUGUGAGACUUUUAGUUUGCUAUAUUCUUAUGUGUUUUUGCUAAUGGGAAUUGACUGCUAAAUUUAUUGGAAAACCCUUUGGUUAUUUAAUCGGUCAGGACAUUCAUACAUGUUUGUUUCUUGUAUGCUUCUGAUCCUGCUUGAUAACAUGUUUGUACUCACCAGGUCUAAAGUUUUUAUUUUAGACCGACACAACCCGAGAUAUAAGUCCUCGGUUGUUGCAUUAAGCUCAAGUUUGCAGGCCAAUCCUAUGUUGUCAAGCAACAGUGGUUCACAGGGUUUCUUGUCUUCUACAGGCGCACGGUGUAAGGCACUUUCGGCCUUAUCAUCACCAUUUUUAGGCGAAGAUGACGAUGACUUGUGGCGUAAAACGAAUGUUUUACCUCUACGGUCGAGAUCUGUCUCUUUACCAAGAGCAUAUAAGGAUGACGUAUUCAAAUUUCGCUACCCUGUAAUAACGGAGAAGCCUGAAUGGUGGUUGAGGACUUUAGCCUGUGUUCCAUAUCUACUAGCUUUGCAGAUUUCCGAUGCCGGAUAUUUUCUUCAUCCCUUCCUAGAACAUUACGAAAUGUUCGAAAACUUGAUUUAUUUCGUCCCGGGAGCCAUAAAGAGAUUACCUCCAUGGUUCUCAAUGAUAUAUUACUACUUUGGAUAUAUUGGAAUUGUGAAGAACAAAGAUUGGCCUCAUUACAUUAGGUUCCAUCUCAUGAUGGGCAUGUUACUGGAGACCGCUUUGCAGUUAAUAUGGUAUACGAGCAACUUUCUUCCGCUCAUACACUAUAAUGGCUGUUUCGGGAUGCACUAUUGGGCCGGCAUCGGAUUCGCCUUUAUCCUCGUGUUGUUUGAAUGUGUUAGGUGUGCUCUUGGUGGCAGGUAUGCCCACAUCCCUUUUAUUAGUGAUGCGGCAUAUAUACAUACUGUGCUCAAUGUAGGAGGUUUUCAGAGACCAUUCUAGGGGCUCUUUAAUGGGUUUGGUUUUCAAAGGACAAAAGCAAUUGCUUAAGGUUUAUUUGAGGAGUUGUAGAGUUGUUAAGAGUAUUUUACUUUCACUUUUUAAGUAUUUUUUUAUAUGACUUUUAAAAACACUGUAAAAAUACUACAAAA